AUGACAGCAGUAUCCCACUCGCAGUCGUUUGCCGGUCUGGAGCCAUGGAACAAGGGCGAAGAUACUGUCUACGCCCUCAACCGUGGCGACCUCACCAAAGAGCGUGAUCGACUCGAGUACAACCACAAGAAUAUCUUUCUGCCUCUCUGCGGCGGACUCUGUCCCCAGGAAGUCUUGACGCAUCUCACAAACCAGCAGACCCCACGCGUCGCAGAGAUCGCCACCGGCACUGGUAUUUGGCUCAGAGACAUGGCCAAGUUGCUCCCCCCUUCCGCCGAGUUGCGAGGCAUCGAUAUGGACACCACCAAGUUUCCACCUCCUUCAGCUCUGCCUCCGAACAUUUCUCUGCUGCAACACAAUGCUCUGAAAUCAUUCCCAGAUGGAAUGCAUGGGUCAUUCGACAUGGUUCACAUACGGUUGAUUGGGUCGGGAAUGCGGAAGGAGGACUGGAAAACCGUGGCGUCGAACGCGUUUACCCUACUGCGACCCGGGGGAUACAUCCACUGGGAGGAAGCGGGUGAGACUUCUUGGAAGUGCGUCCCGCCUAGUUGCGCUUUCGAUGAGUGGUCCAGGAUCAGGCUGCUGUGGUCACUAAAAGUCGGCCGCAAUCCUUUUAUGCCCGCGCAACUUCCUCUUGUGCUCCGCGAUGCCGGCUUUACGGAUAUCGACGAGAAGGUCUGGAACACUUUCGGCAUCGAGGGUAUGAUGCGAGAGUCGAUGAGAAAGAUAGCCACCGAGAUCAUUCGGCCGGUGAUGCUGUCUAUUCUUGAGGCUGGAGGUGUUGACACCCUCCAAAGUUCUCAGGACAUUGACAGGCUCGAGUCCGAGAUGGAGAGAGAUAUACAAGACGGGGCUUUGAUAGGUGUUUCUUUAGCCUGGUUUUGGGGCAGACACCCGUGA